CAACAAGAAUGACAAAAUGCCUGGUUCCAACCUGUCUACUUAAGGAGGUUGCACGGUAUAUUCGUAAUGGCCACUAUUCAGGCGAGCACAGUUACAGCUGUCUGUGUGUUGCUAUAAAGUGGGAGCUGCACAUUGUUGUGGGUGUGUACAGGAGAUGAGUGUGGAGGAGAAGAGGAGUGGAGACAGAGCGGUGUGGCUGGAGUGGCUGACGAGGUACUCUCAUUGACUCCACUGAGACCUGGACUCUGGGACUGAUGUCUCCGAGGUUAAUGAGGCUCGUCUCUCCAUCAUGAAACAGAAUAAUCCAAGAUUUAUACUCCGCAAUCACAUUCUACAGACUGCCAUAGAACAUGCAGAGAAAGGAGAUUUCUCUGAGGUCCAUCAUCUGUACCAGGUGCUGCAGACACCCUACCAGCAUCUGGGAGGAGUGGGGUCUCCUGGACCAGUGGUUGAGGCCAGGGAGGAUGGAGGGACUGUGGCUUCCCAUGAUAGGGGAGGGAGAGGAGAGGGAGGGGAGGAGGCGGGAGCUGUGGGGUGUGUGGCAGUGGGGUCAGAUGUCAAUCGAUACUACAGCAAGCCACCAGACUGGGCCCUGACUCUGUGCGUCACCUGAUCUUCCUAGUCGCCAGAGAACCAGGCUUGUUUGGUCAUAGUAAUAAGAAUCAGCUGUCUAUGCAAUAUUUUAUUGCGAACAGGUGAUGUUGGGGUUCUCUGGCAGUGCUACUAUAUGCAGUCUGCACUCAGGUGGAGACAAUGGUUCAACACUGCUGUUGGAGCAGUGGUAGUUAUUAUGACUGGUCAGACCUAAACCACUUGUGGCGGAUGACCUCA